GUGGUGGAGUGAAGGGUGAGAUGGAGUCAGUGUUUGCGGACUUCUGCUCGGAGUGGGAACAGAGGUUCGGCGAGUCGUGUCAAUUGCCCAACGCUUGGGAGGAAGACGUUCGCCAAAACCUAUGCACUCACGAGACAAGGGUUGCACUUCUCAAGGAAGAGCUCGAGAAGGAAGAGUUUUACGUCCAAUACCUUCAAAAACUUUUACUAGACGUGGAAAGAGCCAAAGUGGACACUAACGACAAUGGCAUCGAUGGCAUUGACUCCAAUGACACCACCGAUGAGAUACUGUCACCAGUAGUGAAGGACGACCAAUACGUGACUGUCAUCACAGUUAGCAGUUAUGGCCAAAUCCACAAACCAACCAAACCUGAGACCAACCAAACCGCACAAUCUUUAAUAGACAAUCCCUUAUAUCAAACGUCACAGCCUUUAAAAUCAUCGCAUAUUUCAACUGUUAAUCCGUUGUCUUUAUCGACACUAAUUAAACCCAAAGACAAUUUAAUCGAUGCCUUGAGUCAAACCAUUAUCCAAAAUGAAGUUUCAAAGAAGAAAAGACCGCCCACUCCUCCCCGCAAACCAAAAGUGAAUGCAAAGUUGACAUCAAUUGCUGUAUUGGAAGACAAUGACUGCAAUGGAAAGCAAGUGGCCAUAUGUCCGGCCACUCACCCGCCAACCAAUGCAACCAAUAUAACCAACACUAACAACACAACCAAUACAAGCAAUACAAGCAAUACAAGCAAUACAAGCACUGACAACAAUGUUCUCUACGACGACGACGAGAACAACAUCUACGACACGGUAGCGCCGGACGAGCCAUCCAUUAGUCUCAAUGUGAUUGAUGCUAACAAACACGUGACCACUGAUUUGUUUGACUCGAAUUCAUCCACAGACAACUUGUCUUCAAAAUAUUACGAUAUGAAUAGUUAUGCAAAUUAUGUGAACAUCGAUUACUUUUUGCGAAAAGACGAGACUUCUUCCCGCGACGAUAGCGAUGAUAAUGAGACACACAUUUCACAAUCACUGUCUAGUGAUCACGAUAUCGAUGAUAAUGUCAGUCAUUCGUGUGAUUCUGUGCUUAUGAAGUCGAGUGUAGGUCUGAUCGGUGCCGAUAUGUCUGUGCAAAUUCAAUCGCUUGCAUCACUUGAAACAAAACAUUCAGCAAUCGCUCCGACUUAUGAUGAAGUGUUUGAAUCUGAUUCUGAACUGCUUCACAAACCAGUGGCCAGAGUCCAGAAGAAUGCGUUAGUUUUACACGAUUUGCUCAAAUAUACGAAUGAAGAGCUCAAUGAAUACAAGUCACUGAAGACAGCACUUAAAAUGACUCAAUGCUUUCUUAAUGACCUGAAUAUAGCGGCCACCGAACAAAUGUUUCCGAUUCAGGACAAAACUCAAAGACGUUUAGUUAAAGAGAGUUUUAUUGUUGAAAGUAAUGAAGAGAAGCGAAAACUGAGACAUUUAUUUCUAUUCAAUGAUGUUAUAGUAUGUGCCAAAUAUAAAGCCGCCGCAAAGAGGCACAUCUGGUCCUAUAUCUGCCACAACUCAAAUUCUCGAUUAGUCAUAAAAGUGGCAAAAUAUAUACAUUUUAUUUAUCAUCAGAAUUUGAAAAAAGUCAAUGGAUUGAAUCAAUUAAAGUAUUACAACAAUCAGAAUUUGAAUCCCAAUUCUUUGGGUUCUUUUCUAUUGCGUUCUUCUAAAGACGAAGAUUUGCUUUUCGGUGAUCUUUACUUAACUGUAAAGCAUUUGAAGGGAUUGAGCAGAGAAGCAGUGUAUUCUGACCUUAAGUAUAAGCAAGUUUGCAAGAAAGAAAAGACUUGUGUUCCAUAUCUGAUCACGAGUUGUAUUCGAGAAGUUGAAAGGAGAGGUAUGAAAGAAGUGGGCAUUUAUAGAGUGUCUGGCCUUUCAUCAGAUGUCCAAAAACUAAAGAAAUCAUUUGAAACAAAUCCAUACGAAGCAGAUCUUGUUAUGAAAGAAAUAGACAUUCAUUCAGUGACCGGUUUAUUAAAGUUAUACUUAAGAGAACUACCGGAGUCUCUGUUCACUAAUGCUAUAGUGAAUCAGUUUGAAGAGCACAAUAAGAUGUCUUUGAAUAAUUUGGCCACAGUUUUUGGACCAACUGUUCUCAGGCCGGGUUCUAACAGUGGUAGUAAUGGUGGCAGUGGUGGCAGUGGUAGCACAUCAUUAGCUGAAUCCUUUACAGCCGGAACCAUUGAUGUGAUGGCACAGGCGGGCAUUCUCUACUUUUUCCUGCGCCGUAGAGCCACCGGUAUAUCUUUGACCACUACAGAGACACAGCUAUAACAGCUCUAACAGUGCUAACUAUUAUAUAACUAACUAUUUUCUGGUCAUUUAUUGAAUCCUUUGGUCAAUCAAUCAAAUGUUGUCAUAUUCUGGUCACAAAUUAAAUCAUAACAAGACAUACAAUUUGUAUUGAUUUAUCCAAUCAUUUGUAUUCGCUUUAAUUGCUCUGACAUUAUAUUUUUAUUAUCAAUUAUAUUGUAUUGUAUUGUGCACUACAGUAGACUUCGAUCAUUACAUGCUGUACAUGCAUCAAGUGAACACACGUCCCAAUUGAACAUCAAACAUGCUAAACCUUAAUGCUUAACUGGAUAAUGGUGAUCACCUUGUAUAUAGCAACUCGAUCAUAUUACU